AUGCACAAUUAUAGCAGUAACAGUUGCUACUUGCUGAGGGCCUGCUUGGUGUUGUUCUCUCUCCUGAGAAGCAGCUGUGCAACCUACUUGCAGGCCUCCUCCCUUCCUUGGGAGACCAAGCCCAAAUUCCUGGCCGAGCGAGAAGGCUUGGCCCUUGCUUCCUCUGGGGAACCUCUUUUCUGCCCUCUCCGGGUACUUCUGUGGGAUCCAGGAAGGAGACAAUGGAGACGUCCACGGAUCCCCGAGGGGGUGGGAGGGCAGAUGCUGAGGGGCGUGGCAUGGCCAUGGCCGGUCCACCCAGAAGGACACAUGUUCAUGCCGUCCAUGCAAGCUUCCCUGGGAGGAAAGGAAGAAUGUGACUCUGCACACUGA